AUGGCAGCUCCCAGUAUCUCCAAGCAUGUUAAGAAGGUAGGGAAAGAGAAUGCACCUCCUCCUCGAACGAAGAAGAUCAGUACAGGAGACGAUGUGGAUGAUUUAGGAGGCUCGUCCGCAGAUGAAGAUAUACCUCGAAAAUCUUCUAAGCCGUUAUCGAAAGUAUCCUCAUCAUCAAAAGCAUUACAAUCUUUAAACGGAGAGGAAGAUGACUCGCGAAGCUUAAGUGAUCUGAGAAAGAAGCUAGCGGUUGUGACAUCUGAACGGGAUCGAUAUCGUACACAACGAGAUACAUUUUCAUCUCAAUUCGAAGAAUUAACGAAAACUCGUUCUGACAGUGAAGGACUAUUUGAAAAGUAUAAACAAAAGGUAGACUUGCAAUCAAAGGCACAAAACGAUAUUAUAGCUACUCAAACUGCUUUAACCGAGAAACUACAGACGAAGGUUCAAUCUUUAGAAAAAGCUUUAUCAAGUAAAGAUGGAAUACCAUCCGCUGGAGGACCUUUCGAUGGGAAAUUAGAUCCGAAAGAAGUGAAAGCUUUGAAAGAGGAGAUGUCUAAAUUGAAACAGGAGAAUAAAAGUAAAGAUGACAAAAUUGCUGAGCUACAAAGAGAACAUAAAGCAGAAGUUGAGCACUCAAGAUCAUUAUUACAAUCUCAAUCAUCACUCAAAAAUUCAACUUCCGCACCCACUCAAUCUUCUUCAAUAGUCAGUACGACACCUGAAGAAGCAGCUAAAGACGCAGCAAGUUUAGCUUUAUAUGAAGAUUUGACUCUGUUGAAUAUAGCAAAUGUGAAGAUCAAACCUGCUAAAGUGGGUAAAGAUGAGACAUUUAAUUGUGUAAUGGCUGUCAACGGUCAGAGCCUCAAUUUCAAAUUACGUUGCUACACCGAAAUCGACAAAUCAUUACCUCAACCAUACGUCAAAACAGUUCAUUACACCCCCGAAUUACUCCAACAUGAAUCAGACUCUUUCGUUAAGAAGCUUGAUUAUUUCUCCAGCGAAUUCGUUGUUCCCAGAGAACAAUUAGGUGGAUUCUUAUUGGAAUUAAGAGCCAAAAUAGGUGGUGAAGACGAUGAGUAA